CUUCUUACACAAGAUAAUCUUCAGAAAAAGAUUUUCUUACAAAAAAGAUUCUGGUAAGUCUUUUGUGGUUUUCAACAAACUCCAGGGUUUUUCAAUGAACAGGAGCAAUAAACGUAAUCAGCAACCUUCAUAUAUUGCUGAUCAUUUCAGCAGUUUGGAUCAGGUGAUAACUUCUCUGAGAGAAGCUGGACUUGAAUCUUCAAAUCUGAUUCUAGGAAUUGACUUUACCAAGAGCAAUGAGUGGACAGGAAGAUAUUCAUUCAAUAGAAAAAGCCUUCAUGCCAUUGGUAAAAGACAGAAUCCAUAUGAGCAAGCAAUAUCGAUUAUUGGUCGUACUUUGUCUCCCUUUGAUGAAGAUGAUCUUAUACCUUGUUUCGGUUUUGGCGAUGUAACAACACGAGAUCAAUAUGUAUUUAGCUUUUAUCCCGAGAACAAAAGCUGCGACGGAUUGGAAAACGCAGUUAAACGAUAUAGAGAGAUUGUUCCACAUUUGAAGUUGUCUGGUCCUACCUCAUUUGCCCCGGUUAUUGAUGCUGCCAUCAAUAUAGUUGAGCAGAACAAUAUGCAAUACCAUGUUCUCGUCAUUAUCGCAGAUGGUCAGGUCACAAGAAAUCCAGAUGUGCCGCUUGGUCGACUUAGUCCACAGGAAGAAGCUACCAUAAAUUCGAUAAUGGCAGCUAGCCAUUACCCAUUGUCGAUAGUCUUGGUUGGAGUAGGAGAUGGACCAUGGGACACAAUGAAACAAUUCGAUGAUAAUAUUCCUCACCGUGAAUUCGACAACUUCCAGUUUGUAAACUUCACAAAGAUAAUGUCAGAGCACAAAGAUGCGACUAAAAAGGAGGCUGCUUUUGCACUCGCAGCUCUCAUGGAGAUCCCUUUUCAAUACAAGGCCACAUUAAGUCUCAAUAGAAAACCAGUGCGUAGUUCCCAUCUGCACCACAAGCCACUCCCGCCACCACCGGAGGUUAUAGAGCGUGACAAUGCUGUUAGAUUGGUGCCAAAUCCGCUGACAGAAACUGCAGAGAAAAGUGACAGAAUGGUUCCUGCUACAGUGCCGGUAUGCCCAAUUUGCUUGACGAAUCCUAAGGACAUGGCUUUUAGCUGCGGUCACACGACAUGCAAGGAAUGUGGAGUUGUAGUCACGACAUGCCCACUAUGCAGACAAUCUAUAACAACAAGGAUAAGGCUGUACACUUGAGUCAGUAAAACUCAGGACAACUC